AUGGCGGACAAGGAAGCAACCGUGUUCAUCCUGGAUCUCGGCGCCUCAAUGGCCAAGAAGCACUCUGGCCGAAAGGAAUCAGACCUGGACUGGAGCAUGCGAUAUGUGUGGGACAAGAUUACUGAUAUUGUUGCAGCAAACCGAAAGACUCUAUGCGUCGGUGUUGUCGGAUUGAGAACAGAUGAGACCGACAAUAAGCUGCAGGGGGACGAUGGGUACGAGAACAUCUCCGUGAUACAACCGCUGAGCCAGAUUACCAUGUCGGGCUUGAGGGCGCUUCAAACAUCGGUGAAACCAAAUCGAACCAUGUCAGGCGAUGCCAUUUCGGCCAUUGUGGUUGCGGUUGAUAUGAUUGAUACCUUCACGAAGAAACUCAAGUGGAUACGGAAAAUUGUGCUGGUUACAGAUGGCCAAGGCGAACUGGAUGGAGACGACGUUGGGGAUAUUGCUAAGAAGAUGAACGAUUCAAACAUUCAGCUGACUGUCUUGGGUGUGGAUUUUGAUUCACCCGACUACGGCUUUAAGGAGGAGGAUAAAGCGGUUACAAAGGCAGAAAACGAGAAGGUCUUAAAGAAUUUAACUGAGCAAUGCAACGAUGGAAUUUUUGCUACCAUGGCCGAAGCUAUAGACGAACUGGACACACCCCGAGUCAAAUCAGUCAAGCCAUACAAGACAUACGAUGGCUCACUCACUCUCGGAGAUCCUGCAAAGCUUCCUUCGGCAAUGAAUAUCAAUGUAGAACGAUAUUUCAAGACCCAUCUAGCCCGACCGCUCGGUGCGAGCACCGUCGUGGUCAAAUCUGACCAGGCAACACAGUCAACCCAAACCUUGGAUUACGAUCCUAUGGAUGGCCUUGAAUUUUCAGCGGUGAAACAAGCCAGAACAUACAAAGUCAAUGACCCUGAUGCACCUGGCGGCAAGCGUGAUGUUGAGUUUGAGUCACUUGCCAAGGGGUAUGAGUACGGACGGACGGCCGUGCAUAUCAGCGAGUCGGAAUACAACAUUACGAAGUUGGAAACCGAGAAGAGCUUUUCCAUCGUGGGAUUUGUCCCAUGGACAAAAUACGAACCGUUUCUCAACAUGGGAGAAGUUUGCGUCACCCAUGCCAGGAAAAAUGAUACCAAAUCAGAGCUGGCACUCUCAUCGCUGAUAUGGGCACUUCUUGAGCUUGAGUCGUAUGCUGUUGCGCGCAUAGUUACCAAGGACGGAAAGGAUCCAUUGCUGGUCCUUUUGGCUCCUCAGAUUGAACCCGGAUUAGAAUGUCUCUAUGACAUUCCCUUACCAUUUGCUGAAGAUGUGCGAACUUACCAGUUUCCACCUUUGGACAAGGUUAUUACGGUUAGCGGCCAGACCUUGACCAAACACCGGCUAUUGCCCUCAGACGAGCUCGCCGAAGCAAUGAGCGACUACGUCGAUGCCAUGGAUCUUUCCACGUACGGCCAGGAUGACGAGGGCAACGCGGCCGAAUAUGCACCAAUUGACGAGACUUAUAACCCAGCCAUUCACAGAGUAAACAAUGCCGUCAAGAUGCGAGCAGCCCACCCCGACAAACCAGUCCCUGAAACACCAGCCAGUUUGCUGAGAUUUUCGUCACCGCCAGAAGAUCUCAUUGAGAAUGUUCAGUCCAGAAUAGAUAGUCUGGUUGAGCUAGCCGAGGUGAAGAAAGUACCACCGAAGGCAAAGGGCCGACGAAAUCGCGAAACAGUCAAACCCAUAUCAGGCCUCGACGUGGAUGCCCUGCUUGGGGAAGAUAAGAAGCGUACGAUUUCGGAAGACAACCCGGUGCCUGAUUUCAAGCGAGCACUGAGCACUGCAGACGAAAUGGACCAAAUCGAAGAUGCGACCAAACAAAUGGGCACGAUUGUGAGGACUCUGAUAACGGACAGCUUUGGGGACAGCAAAUAUCCACGGGCUACAGAGUGUCUUGGUGUGAUGAGAGAGGAGCUGAUAAACAUGGAAGAGCCUGAACUAUUCAAUACGUUUGUUCGGGAUCUGAAGAAGAGUUUGCUCUCGGGCGCUCUUGGCGGCGAUAGGAGAGAUUACUGGUUCAAAAUCAGGUGGUCUAGAUUGGGACUGAUUGACCAGAACCAGUCUGAAGUAUCAAAAGUGACGCAUGACGAAGCAGAAGAGUUCUACAAGUCUCGGUGA